AUGUCAGGACUUAAUGUUUAUAUUGGAGGUUCUAGCGACUCUGGUAAAGGUUCUGGUGAAGGUUCUGGUGAAGGUUCUUGUAAAGGUUAUGGAGGUGCCAAUGCAGUAGUAGGUUCUGGUGAAGGUUCUCUUAAAGGUUAUGGAGGUGCCAAUGCACUAGUAGGUUCUACUAAAGGUUCUGGUGAAGGUUCUGGAGGUGCCAAUGCACUAGUAGGUUCUGGUAAAGGUUCUGGAGGUGCCAAUCCUCCAGUAGGUUAUGGAGGUGCCAAUGCACUAGUAGGUUCUGGUAAAGGUUUUGGUGAAGGUUCUGGAGGUGCCAAUCCUCCAGUAGGUUAUGGAGGUGCCAAUGCACUAGUAGGUUCUGGUAAAGGUUUUGGUGAAGGUUCUGGAGGUGCCAAUCCUCCAAUAGGUUAUGGAGGUGCCAAUGCACUAGUAGGUUCUGGUAAAGGUUCUGGUGAAGGUUCUGGAGGUGCCAAUCCUAAGGGAACUAAGCCUAACUAA